AUGGCCAAAACGACGCCGUAUGAAUCCCCCACUUCAUACCCAUCAUCUCAGACUUCUUCUUCUUCUUCUUCUUCUUCUUCCAUGGCAGUUUCAUCGUGCCCUUUCUUCCUCUCUCGUCUCAUAGACCUCUCACUCCACAACCAUCUCCACCCUCUAAAAUCUCCACUCCCUUCUCCUCCCAUAUUCCUCCGCCGCCGCCUUCUAACCACCCGCUGCCUCGUCUCCAGCGGUAGCGUUGACGGCUUCUUCUCCUCCGACGACCUCGUUUUCACUUGCAAGUCCACCUUCGACCGAGGCUUCACCGUCAUCGCCAACAUGCUCCGCCGAAUCGAGCCUCUUGAUAACUCUGUCAUCUCCAAAGGUGUUUCUGACUCCGCCAGAGACUCCAUGAAGCAAACCAUUUCCACCAUGCUAGGGUUACUCCCUUCCGACCAAUUCUCCGUUACUGUAACCGUUUCCAAGCAACCACUUCACCGUCUUCUUGUCUCUUCAAUCAUCAUUGGGUACGCCAAUUUCUACCUCCAAUUGUUUUCUUUCUAUGAUUUUCUUGAUUAAUUUGUAAUUUGGAUCCAUGCGUGUUCGGCUUUAGGUUAAUUUUGCAAUAAAAAAGGGGCAAAUUUUGGUUUUUUAUUUUUUAUUUUUGAACUGUUCAAGUUGAAUUCAUCAUGCUCGACUUAGUUGUUCAGCUGCCUAUAGUUCAUUUCACUCUGAUUAUUAUAAGAUGAUUUGGAUGAGUUUGGUUUUUUAUUGAUUUU